CUAAUUUAGAGGCAUUAUAGCCAAGUAUAUGAAGCCGUGAUCCGUACUUCCUGUAAUUGACAAAAUGGUCGAUGAUCAAGUUUACGCCGCGCCAUCACGAACACUGCGAUAUAGUUCAAAGCGUUAUAGCUCCUUAAAUUUUUACUAUAGAGUUAUGAUGCUGACAAAGUUAUAUUAUCAUUUUGAGUUUUCAGCGAUGUUUCUCGAUGUCCUGAUAAGCAUGAACUAGUAUUAGCGAUGUCCCCAG